GCCCUCGCGCAUUAAAAGGAACCAGAAGCUAGUGACGUAGUUACGGGAACGGUCGGUGCUGUUGGGGAGAAAAGAAAUGGCGAUGCUCGGAGGUUUUAGCGCUGCACAACACAAGAAAAGCGGCUCUGACGGAAGCAGCGACGUGUCAGAAUUUAUCUGUCCAGUUUGUCUCGAAAUAUUUGAUAGUCCCGUAACCACACAAUGCGGCCAUACGUUCUGUCAGAGUUGUUUGCAAGAAUGUUUGCGUCCACAGAAGCCAGUGUGUGCUGUAUGUAGGGCAACUCUGGGACACUGGACUAAAGCUGCUGAUCUAGAGGCCCUCAUCCACUCAUCAGUGGCAGCUUGUAAGGGAUGUGGAGUUCAGGUUGGCCUUUCUCAGAUGAGAGGCCACACAGCUGCCUGUUCAAAAUACCAGGAGUACAUUGAGGAGGGUGUGAGGUCCACUGCCCAGAACCAGCCUGCUAUCUUUGGUCCAGUGCCAAAUCGAUACACGUUCACUUGCCCCUACUGUAACUGCCACAACCUUGAUCAAGAUGGCCUGGUUGAACAUUGUACUUCCCAACAUGCUCAAGAUGCACGCCAAGUUGUGUGCCCUAUCUGUGCCUCAAUGCCUUGGGGAGACCCAAAUUACAGGAGUGCUGACUUUUUCCAGCACCUGAAAAUCAGACACACUUUCUCAUAUGAUACAUUUGUUGAUUACGCCACAGAUGAGCACACAAUGAUCCAGGAGGCUUUACAGCGCUCUCUUUUGGACAACUGAAGUGUGAAGAACAACCUUGAAAAAGAAGAGAUCUACUGGAAAGAAUAAAUAAUAAGCCAGAGAUGGCUGCCUGCUUCAUUGCUCCUCCCUUAUGUCUUUGUGCCUUCUGGUAGAUCUUCUUUCUGACUUCCAAAACUUAUAGGGCUAAGAGUUAUUCUGGGAAACUAAAGAUGCAAGAACAGAAAAUUAGUGCAUUAUUAUAAAGCUUGUUGAUUUUUUUUUUAUUUGUUUGUUUUGUUUUGGGUUUUUUUUUUUUUUUUUUUUUGGUUUGUUUUUUCCCAUCUUAAUUAGGUGAGAAAUUAUUUGCAUGUUUAUAGCCACAGGAGGGCAGUAGAGUUCUACUUUUCCCUGACUGUCUUUGAUAUCCCCCAGCCCUCACCAGUCUCUGAUUUUGUAACACAUUAUUGAUCACAAUUCAUUCUAUAAGUGUUGUUUUGAGAUUUUCGAUUUUUUUUUUUUUUUUUUUUAUUCUUUACGUUUGGUUUUGUUGAAAUGCAGCAUACAAAAAUGUCCUAGGUAUUUGCAAUGUGGGGCUUCAGUCAGCUUCUCCUAACUUGAACACAAUAAUCACACCUUCAUGUUUAAGCAGUUGAUGAAGUGACAUGAAAGUAAUUUGCUGUAAUGUUUUUUCUUGUGAACAGUUUCUGGGAUAGUCUUUGCUGAGAGAGAGAGAAGGGGGGAGAAAUACCACUCAAGUUUGUUAAGGCUGUUAUGUCACUGCAUAGAAAUCCUAGUUAUUCUUUGGAUGCUUCCUGAAACUGACAGCAUGUGAAGUUAGAAAGUAUGUAUUUUCUUUUAUGGGAUGUUUUUGUUUUCAUUUUAAAUGUGAAUUUUGUCUGUCAUUUUCCUGUAACUUGUAAUUGUCUCACAUCAAGUGUAAUACAAAUCUUCACACAGUGGCAUUGCAUUUGUCUUCUGCCAACAGGUAAAUAAAACUCCUAACAUGCAGAUUAAGUAGCUCCAAAGCAGCACAGUAAUGUCUUUUCAUCCAGUCUUUGGUCCUACUUUAGCUUUUUGUGGAUGUUCAUUUUCUUUCUCUCCAGUAGAAAAGUGUAAUAAUUUUGUAAGAGUUUCUAACAUGUGAGAAUCUUUCUUUUUUUUCUGGAUAUAGCUUUCGUUCUCUUUUGUCAGCCCUACUGUCAGGGGGUGCUAAAUCCUGAUAAAUUAAAGCUCUUUAAUUAUUUAAACCCUG